AUGGGUUCUCUCGGUCCUUAUCAACAAAAGCACAAGAUCACUGUGGUCGGCUCCGGUAACUGGGGCUGCGCCAUUGCUAAGAUCGUUGCCGAAAAUGCGGCAGCCAAUUCCGACCUCUUUGAGAAGCAGGUAGAGAUGUGGGUGUUCGAGGAGAAUGUCGAGAUUCCUAAGACAUCAAAGAACUACGACGCUUCAAAUGCUGGCCCUCGAAAAUUGACUGAGGUGAUUAACACUGUCCACGAGAACACCAAGUACCUCCCAGGAAUUCAGUUGCCGGUCAACCUACACGCCAACCCGUCCCUGGAGGAUGCGGUCAAGGACAGCACACUUCUCAUUUUCAACCUUCCCCACCAGUUCAUUAUUAAGACCUGCGAGCAAAUCAAGGGCAAGAUUCUUCCUUACGCUCGCGGUAUCUCCUGCAUCAAGGGUGUUGAUGUCAAUGCCGACGGUAUUCACCUCUUCUCCGAGACCAUCGGUCGAAUCCUCGGUAUCUAUUGUGGUGCUCUUUCCGGUGCCAACAUCGCCAACGAGGUCGCUCUCGAGAAGUGGUCUGAGACCAGCGUCGCCUACGACCCUCCACACAUGGACUCCAAGGCGCCCACUCCUCAGCGCUCACCCUCUGCUUCCCAGACCAACCUGGUCGAGUUCCAGCACAAGGACACUUCCGGUCAAAUCUCAGAGGUCAAGCUCCAGGCCCUGCCCUCUUCCUACCCUCCCGUUGACCACGCUGUGCUGAAGUCCGUCUUCCACCGCCCCUACUUCCACGUGCGUGUCGUUAGCGAUGUUGCCGGUGUCUCCAUUAGUGGCGCGCUCAAGAACGUCGUUGCUCUGGCUGCCGGUUGGGUCGUCGGCAUGGGCUGGGGUGACAAUGCCAAGGCUGCCAUUAUGCGUGUUGGCCUUAUGGAGAUGGUCAAGUUCGGAGAUACCUUCUUCAGUGCUACCAUCGAUACCCGCACUUUCACCGACGAGAGUGCCGGUGUUGCCGACUUGAUCACCUCUUCCAGCGGUGGUCGUAACUUCCGCUGUGCCAUGCACAGCGUUGAGCGCAACCUUCCCAUCGAGGAGAUUGAGAAGCAAGAGCUCAACGGCCAGAAGCUGCAGGGUACCCUGACUGCCUACGAGGUCAACAGCUUCUUGAAGAACCAGGGCAUGGAGGACGAGUUCCCUCUGUUCACUGCUGUUUACCGUAUCUUGGAGGGAACUAUGAAGGUCGAGGAGAUUCCUCAAUACAUUGAGCGGUAA